AUGACUUCUUUUUCACAAAACCUAAUCGACGAUUUCUUAGUGUGAGUGACAAAACAAGAUGAAAUAUAUAUUCCAGAAACCCUAGAGGAAAUGGAUCGAGACCAAUAAUACAUUUAGGCUUUUACUAUUGGCCCGUUCCUUUAUUAUGGGCCUAAUAGGCCCAUCUACACUCAUCACUCACAGUACUGUUUUCAUCCUAAAUGUUCCGGCUAAAACCCUCCAGAAGAGAGAAAAAAAAGAGUCAUUUUUACUAAUCUCCGGCGCCUUAAAUUUGACGAUGUCUCUUCUCCGGCGAUACUUUAAAGAAGCAACUAAUUCGAGAUUUCUCCUUCGAUCUAUCUCCACCAUAAAUACCAAUCCAAUUGCUCCUCGUCAUCGUCGUACUACCACUGAGUUCGAUAACCUCAUCUACGAAGCAGGAAGCUCCGGCGAUUUCGAAGCCGUACGCCGUCUCCUAAACAGCCGCGUCGUAAACGCUUGUUUCAACACCACCGCAACUUUCAAAUUCCUAACCAACACCGCCUCUUACUCCUCCUCACUCGAAGAUCUCCGCCGCGUUUUGCCUCAAACGGACCCCGGCUACACGAGGAAUCACGCCUACGAAACUCUCAUCGCGCGACUCUGCAAACUCGGCCGGACCGACGACGCUCUGAUCCUGAUCGGCGAUAUGGCAAGCGGGAGAUUCGGUCUCUCGUUUCGCACAUUCCAUCCGAUCAUAAACACGCUCACGAAGAAGAACAAGAUCGAGGAAGCUUGGCGCGUAGUGGAAUUGAUGAGAUCUCACGAGAUUCCGGUGGACGUGACGUCGUACAACUACUUUUUGACUUCGCACUGCUACGACGGUGACGUGGCGGAGGCGAGCGAGGUGGUGAGGAAGAUGGAGGAGGAAGGGAUGUCGCCGGACACGCGUACUUUCGACGCGCUGGUGUUAGGCGCGUGUAAAUCGGGGAAAGUGGAGGCGGCGAUGGCGAUUCUGAGGAGGAUGGAGGAAGAAGGGUUACCGGUAUUGUACGCCACUCAUGCGCACGUUAUAGCGGAGAUGAUUGAGAGUGGCUAUUAUGCGCUGGGAGUGGAGUUCGUGAUGGCGUACGCAGGGAAAGAUAAGAGAUUGGAUGAAGAGAAUUUGGGGAGUUUGGCUAGUAAGCUUAUCAAGAGGAAGAGGUUUAAGGAAGCCAAGUUGGUUUUGAAAGAGAUGUGUGUGAGAGGACUCAGAAUGGGAAUUGCUUUGCGUGAUUUUUAUGAGACCAAUGUUGUAGUAAAAGAGCAAUGAUUGAUUCUGAUAAGAAGAAAGACGAUCACCAUUGUUACAGAGAGCAGAACACUACAUUGAUAAAAAUUGAACUUAGCAGCAGAUAUUGAGGGAGAUAAAAUCUGAUUGGUUUCUUUUCUAUGGAUCGUGGAACAAAGAG